GAGGAGCCUCCAUUGCGAGGAAGUCGUUGCUCCCUGAACGAUGACAGUGCAGAGAUUGGCAGUGACGCAGACGGCGAAUUGGACGAUUAUAAUCUCGAUCCCGGCAAGUUCAAUGAAGAAGGUUCGUUUAUUGAUCAGUACGCGACAGAGACACACUAUAAAGGUGCUUCCCGAUUACCCACCUUACCGCGUGCAUAA